UUCAGGCUGGUUGUAAUGGUGUAAUGUUGCAGGGGAUAUUUCCAUGACAUUCUAUGUCACAAAGCUCAGAUCAUCUUAAACUACUUUCUUAAACAUGAUGAGUUCACUGUACUCCACUAUCACCAGACCUCAAAUCAGUACCUUUGGGAUGUGCUGUAACGGGAGAUUCUCGCCAUAGAUGUGCAGCCAAAAAAUCAGCAGCAACGUUUUAAUGUUAUCAUGCCAAUAUAGAUCAACAUCGUUGAGGAAUGUUUCCAACACCUUAUUGAAUCUGUUAUGAAGAAUUAAGGCAGAUCUAAAGGUAAAAGGGUUCAAAUAUAGCGACAAGUAAUAUAGCGACAAAGUGGUCAGUGAGUGUAUUUCAUGUGCUGUAACAAACAUUUAGUUAUAAUUGAAUUAAUAGCAAAAUAGGUAUAUUUUUGGGUAGCAAACUUUUGGUAUGAAUUUAAUAUAUGUAAUAAAUGAAUGAAACUCCUUAUACUGUUAAAAUAGAAAAAACUGAUUACAUUGAUGAGUAUUGCUCUGGCUGUGCAAUUAACUGUGAAAGUCUUCAAAUUUCCCUGCUGCACAGGUAAAAAGAUGAACAACAGUGGUCUGCUAACUGCCAAAAGGAACCCAGUUCCUCUAAAGAGCAUCGAGGUGGAGCUGCAGGUGAGGGACCAUGUAGCUACAGUGGUUUCCACUCUGAACUACGAGAACAAGGAGGACAAACCAGUAGAAGCUGUUUUUGUCUUCCCUCUGCCUGGAGAUGCAGCUGUGUGUCAUUUCAGUGCAAAGGUUGGACAGACACAUAUUGUAGCUGAAGUGAAGGAGAAACAGCAGGCUCGAGAGGAGUAUGAUGAUGCUUUGAGCUCUGGUCAGCAGGCCUUCCUGUUGGAGGAGAGUGAUCAGAGUCCAGAUAUAUUCUCUCUGAGUGUGGGCAGUCUGCCUCCAGGAGAGAGCGCCUCCAUCAGGCUGGAGUACGUCACUGAGCUGGCUGUGCAGGCUGAUGAUGGGCUGAGGUUCUGUCUGCCUGCUGUCCUCAAUCCUCGCUACCAACCUCAGGGUAGCGAAGAUGUCAGUGUCCAGGUGACCUCAGUUCCAGCCUCUCUGGUUCCCUACAGUCUGUCCUUUUCUGCCCGAGUCUCCUCUCCUCGUCCAGUCUCUAAAGUAGAGUCCAGUUGUUCCCUGGAGCCUCUUCAGCACCUCAACACUGAUCAGACACAGGCCAUGGUUAAGUUGGCUGCAGGACACAAGUUUGACAGAGAUGUUGAGCUGCUGAUUUAUUACAAAGAUGCCCACCAGCCCACUGCUGUGGUGGAGGCAGGACAGGCCUCUGCAAAGCCUGGUACUCUGAUGGGUGAUCCAGUGGUGAUGUUGAGCCUGUACCCUGAGUUUCCUAAGUCUGUGAUGUCCUCACUCACCUCAUGUGGGGAGUUUGUGUUUUUGAUGGAUCGAUCUGGGAGUAUGGAUUACCGAAUGAGAAAUGGUCAGAGUCGCAUUGACAGUGCCAAGGAUACUCUUCUACUCUUAUUGAAGAGCUUACCAAUGGGCUGUUAUUUCAACAUUUACAGUUUUGGGUAUCGCUUUGAACAGAUUUUUCCGAAGAGUGUUGAGUACAACCAGCAGACUAUGCAGGAGGCUCUGAAGAAGGUUGAAAUGAUGUUUUCUGAUCUGGGAGGAACAGAGAUCUUGAGGCCCCUUGAAGAUAUUUACAGCAAACCAUGUAUUAUCAGCCACCCUAGACAACUUUUUGUCUUCACUGAUGGAGAAGUGAGGAACACCAAAGAAGUUAUAGAUCUGGUUAAGAAGAAUGCAGGUUCUCACAGGUGUUUCUCUUUUGGGAUUGGAGAAGGGGUCAGCUCUGCUCUCAUUAAUGGGAUGGCCAAGGAGGGAGGAGGUCAUGCUCAGUUCAUCACAAGGACUGACAGGAUGCAGCCAAAGGUGAUGCAGUCUCUAAAGUUUGCUCUGCACCCAUUUGUGGCUGACAUUUCAGUGGCAUGGGAUUUACCUAAAGGAGUAUCAGCCACUCUCCUCUCACCACCAGUCUCAGCUCUUUUUCAGGGUCAAAGGUCACUGAUUUAUGCCCAGCUAACUGGAAAGAGUUCAAAGGAAGCGGAGGGCAGUGUGACGGUGAAGUACAGCCUGGCAGGUCAACCCUCUCAGAACCAGCUUCAUUUCAAUCUCAAACCUGCAGAAGACACUGGAUUAACGAUCCACAGGUUGGGUGCUCGGGCUCUGAUUCGCUCACUGGAAAUGGAGGAGAGAAAGAUCUGUAACAGAGACAAGACGAAGGUGGUUCAACUCAGUGUCCAGUCAGGAGUGAGCAGUUCCUUCACUGCCUUCAUUGCUGUGAACAAAACCAACAGCCAGGCCAUUCAAGGUCCUCUAGUGCGCAGAAAUGUUCCAACAGCAAGCUUAAAUUACCAUUAUGCACCUUUGAAGUCAAAAGGUAGUGCAAACCUUGUUUCUCCACGCUCACAAGACAUAUUUGCAUCAUUGAGGUCAAAUGGUCGUCCAAAACCUGGCAUACAAUAUAUGAAUGCAGUUUUGAUGCAAGAUGAUCGUGCAAGAAGAGUUUCUCCACGCUCACAAGACAUGUUUGCAUCAUUGAGGUCAAAUUGUCGUCCAAAACCUGGCAAACAAUAUGAUUAUGCAGCUUUGAUGCCAGAUGAUCGUGCAAGAAGAGGCAUACAAUAUGAUUAUGCAGCUUUGAUACCAGAUGAUCGUGCAAGAAGUGCAGGCUGGGUAGGCUGUUCCGUUUUGAGGAGUUCUGAAUCAGAGAACACAUAUGAACAACUGAGGUCAGGAAGGUGUGCAACAAGUUCAGAUGAGAAAUGCUAUUCCACUUUGAGGAGUUCUGAACUGAAAAGGUCUUCCUUGUGUGACCAAUCAAGCCACACUUUGGUCAGUGGCAGUGUCUGUUUUACCACAGCUCCCAGCCAGAAAGGAAAGUCUGCCACAGGACAGUUCUCUCAAAUGAAAAAAAAGUUGUUUGACUGGCUGAAAACUCCUAAGACGUCUUUAGACACGGAAAAUGCUGCAAAGUUUCAGCCAACUGAAUGGGAUGUUCACACUAAGCUUGCUGGUGCUGUGCCAACGCAGUCAUACAGAGACCCUCUGCUGCAGCUGGUCUCCCUGCAGGAGGCAUCUGGCUGCUGGCUGCUGAAUGCAGCUCUGGCUGCUAUAGUGGAAAAAAACAUUGAGGACAUGACAAGGUCAAAGCCUGCAAAGGUCAGUGAAGAAGUGUGGGCCACUGUUUUAGCUCUGGUCUGGCUUUAUGGGUUCAAGAUUUCUGCCAAGGAGGAGUGGGAUCUUCUAGCUCUGAAGGCAGCAUUAUGGCUCCACCCUCAGGAUGCUCCAUUUGCUGAGUGUGUAGAAGCUGGAAAUUCACUGCUGGGUUGCAGCGUGCAGAAAGAUGAUCUUGGACUCUGAAGUUUUCACUGAAAUCACUUCACCUUCAGUUUUACAUAUAUAUGUACGUGUGUGUGUGUGUGUGUGUAUAUAUAUAUAUAUGGCUUUCUCAUAUUUUAUUACAUGUAUUUUUCCAUUGAUAGCUUAACUGAAGUGAAUUUAUAUUGUUAGUGGUUAUAUUGCUAAAAUAAACGUGAACCUAAUGUGAAAAAGUUUUUUAAAAAUAGCUUUUAUUUCAUUCAUUGUUACAUGUAAGUUUUGAAAGAAAAAAAAGAUCAAAUAUUCUAGUAACAUAUUUCUAAUUUGUAUCUAUUAGUAGCAGUUGUGCAAGGUCAAAAUGACCUCAUUGUGGUUGUUUGCAGUUCUACUGUUAAAUAAAUUUUAACUGCUGUAUCCUUUGGGCUUUAAAAUGAAUAAACAAAUCUUUAUAAACAGAAAAUGAUCAACAUGUUUAUUCAUGACAUUCUGUACAUAGACUAAAAAUAAACUGUGUAUUACAAUUUAUUUGCAAAUUAAUCACAACAAUGAUGGAGGCUCCAAACAUGGAAAUACUCUUACCU